GGUUUGGGAAAGGGAUGUCACGUGACUGGUUAGGCUCCGCUUUGCACCUGCAGAGAGAAAGAGAAGGAGGUAGAGGAGGAGCAGGAGUUUGGAACCGUGUGUAGCUGAACUGCUCAGUUUUACUCCCUUCAUUCACAAGUUCUCGCAUUAAGUUCUGGUGUGGAAGUGUUGGAAUAACAGGAGCAGGUAUGGAGCUGAUUUUAGUCCGGAUGUGCGCUCUGCUGUUGAUCGUGUUCACAGGUUUGGUCAGAGGUUUGGAUAUUUCUACCUCAGGGGAGACGUUUGUAGAAAAGGCCAGUGGUCAGAGUGCGAUGCUGGAGUGCCGCUUCAAUGUGGCUCCUGGUGACUCUGGACCACUUGAUAUUGAAUGGACCUUGCUGGCAUCUGACAACCAGAAAGAAGACAAAGUGGUAAUCCUGUAUGCUGGUGACAGGUCCUAUGAGGACUACUACCCACCAAUGAAAGGCAGGGUGCAUUUCAACGCAGCUGACCCCAAAACGGGAGACGCCUCUAUCAACCUGACGGGACUGAAGUCGACAGAUUCUGGGACCUACCUGUGUAAGGUGAAGAAGGCUCCUGGUAUCGGCAGCAGGAAGAUGCAGCUGAGCGUCAUGGUGAGGCCUUCCAAGCCACGGUGCUACACAGAAGGUUCCACAGAGGAAGGUAAAGACUUUUCACUGAGGUGCACAUCAAGUGAAGGCACUAACCCCAUGAAAUACAUCUGGGAUAGAACCACUGAAACCAAGAUACUGCCCGCCUCUGCCAUGAUGGACUCCGACCAAGGUAUUCUCAGAGUGAAGAAUGCCUCCACCAGUGUGACGGGCACUUACCGCUGCACUGCCAAGAACCGUGUUGGCACUGAGGAAUGUUUUCUACAGGUCAAAGUAACAGCCCCUGUCAACACUGCAAACAUCAUCGCAGGAACCAUUACUGCUAUUCUGCUGAUCCUCAUCAUCCUCGCCAUCAUCCUGUUCUGCUGCUACCGUUCCCAUCAAAGGAAGAAGUACGAGAAGGAGAUCUGCAACGAGAUAAGAGAGGACGUGCCGCCUCCUAAAAGCCGCGUUUCGACGGCGCGCAGCUUCACCGUGGGCAGCCAGCGCUCCUCCCUGGGUUCUAUGUCACCUUCCAACCUGCACGAGUACGCCCUGAAACCCCAGUACGACAAGAUACCAACAGCAGACGAGUACGAGAGGCCAUCCAGCCACAAUCCUCUGCCCCCACCCUCUGGAGCCAGAAUGGCUGGCCCUAACCUCAGCCGCAUGGGGGCCAUCCCAGUCAUGGUCCCUGCUCAGAACAGGGACGGCUCCAUUGUUUAGUUUGCCGUUUGCCUGUGUAACAAGAGGAAGGGAACGAGGGAAGGGAGUAGGACAUAAGCCAAUGAUGACGGAGAAGAAUCUGGGAUGGGCUAACUGACUUUGAGCUCUUUAUUUUUUACCAAUGGAAUUUUACUCCGCUGAUGAAGACCAGGCUCCUCUGAGCAUAUAAACCAACUGGACAACUGGAAUCACAACUGAGUACACAACAUUUUUAUCAAAUACAAACACCAUAAAAUCUUUAAAUUUACUUCCUGGACUUUCUCACAGAAAAAGAAAAAAACAAAACUUAGUGUUAAUAUGAAGCUGACAUACAGAUUAUAUUGUACAUAUGUGAAUGCAUGUCUGUUUUUUUAGUAUAGACGACCUUUGCUGUAGAACUCAUAUCCAGGCUGUAUGCAUGCAUGUAUAUAAUUGCAGUUUGUGUGUGCAUAUAAGUUGAAGUAUGUGGUUGGGAGUGGGGUAAAUAUACAGUUCAUUCAACUCCCAGCUCAACCAAUCUUUAGAGGAGAACGUUUUUAAUUCUAAUUCUUUAAAAAUUGACUGUUAAAUGAAGCCGACUGUGCGAGCUUAUCUGUUUAUGUAGGUCAGCCGUUUUCAACUCCACACUUUAAACAUUACGAGUUGUCCAUUCAGGGUUUGAGUGGGGGCUUACAUGGACUAGAUUGGCUGACGGUAAGGAGGUGGGUCAUGGCACAUGGCAGCUGAUUGGGCAGAUUACUACUUCUUGAGCUAACUUAAAUAACAACAACAGCCCCCCCCCACACACACACCCCUACGUCCCCCUCCCAAUCCUCCACCCCAUUUCUUUCACAACUUAAAGCAGCUGGACAAUAGGGUUCAUUGAGCAAUUGGCGGUGAUUGUGUUUGACCAGCAGCACGCUCCAGACCACAAGGACCACAUGUUAACCUCCUCGAAAAACGCACAGUACUGUAAUGACACAUGAGCAGCGGCUCCUCAUUUAUGUAUGAAAUUAUAGCCACCUCUCAGUGGUGACACACGUGGAACUUCUUUAUCUGGUUUAAAUUACAGCUGAGACCUUGAUUAACAUUCACUAUAUACAAACCUGUCAUGGCUGGAGUAGUGUUAAUUAUACAUUUUAAUGAAGCAUAUGAUGACAGGCAGAAUGAACUAAACGCUUACAGAGUGUAAUUAAUUUGCAGAGUUAAAUAGUGUCAACACACAGUGAUAUCCUCUUUGUGAAUUGAUCAGCUUUUAGUCCAAUCUCUUUUUUUUUCUCUCUUUUUUAAGUGUUACAUCUCGUCAGCCCCUUCCCAUAAAUGUCUUAAGAAUAAUUUUUAAAUACUGUUGGACGCCUUACUCUCUUGAAUUUAAUGUCUCUUUGGCCUCAACGUUGCUGGAUUCUACUAACUUUUUUUGUGCCUUGUUGCCCACGCAGAGUUUUGCUGUAGCACCAGUUCCUGCUGUGCUAUGUGCAGUAGCACCAUCAUAUCAGGCUCCACUGCCUUCAGCCUCUAGAACAAUACAGUACACGGUGACAUCUGUAACCCAUCCAUGGUGCCUCUAUCAGGUCAGGUCGUACAGUCAUCGCAUGCAAAUUAAGCCCUUCACAAAAGGUUUGAUUGUCUUUGUUGUAUCUUGCAAAUAUGUCAGUAAGUAACUUCUUUAAGUUUUUUUUAAAGAAAUCUCUAUUUAAAACUAUUUUUUUUAAAAUUUACACUAUUUGGGCUCUCUGUAUAAAUAUUCUGUCAAAGUAACGCUAUCUAAUCACAACACUGUCAAAAGAUACGAAGAUGAUGUUUGUGUGUAUAAGUGUACUCUGCCAUGUUUGUGUAAAGCAGGUAGUGACAGGUCGGUCGGUACCAUGCUAACGUUCCCUGGUGUGUGUGUGUGUGUAAGAAAGUGGGUGCCUGGUGGUUUUUUUAUUAUUAAUAUUAAUUCCAUCAUCACAGCUAGAUGUCCCAGUCAUAGAAACAGCUUUGGCAGGUUGGCUGUUUUAUCUGGAAGCUGCUAACGAGGCCUCCUUGAAGUAUACAUUAAGUUUGUCUCUGUGUGUGUGUGUGUGUGUGUGUGUGUGUGUGUGUAGGGUGCGUAAGCAUGUGGUUCAUGAAGGUAAUUUUCUGUCACAGUGGGCACCUGUGGAGUUGUAGUUAUAGACGGGUGAUCCUGUUACUGUCACUGUGUGUCCUCUCAGCGCAUUAACAAAUACUACUAACCAUAUUUACUGUAGCUUUUAAAUUUGCCUACUAAUAUCGUACGGAGGUCUCCCGUGAGGUUUGCACACUGUGCGGAAACCCACUUUUUCUGUGUGUAUUUUUGUGCUGUAUUUUUGAAUAAUAAAAGGUCAUGAAAUGAUAAA